GUUUUUUCUUAAAGCAAAUUUUAAUAUAUGGCUCGUGCUACCAAUCUUCAAUUCCUUCGUCUCUCUCGUAAUCGUCGUUUAUCACUAUGUCUGGCCGGAAGGGAAAGCUUUACUUGUCAAACGUAGAUGCUAAAGGAAACGGUUUCAUCGAGAGCAAGCCAAGUUUUGUUGACCUUCCAUUAUGCCUCUUGGAAGUAAUAAUAUCUCAACUUGUCUUAAAAGAUAAUAUUCGCGCCUCCGCUGUCUGCAAAACAUGGCGUGAAGCCGGUCUUUAUGUUCGGUUGGUGGAUAAGCCUCCUUGGCUUAUGUACUUACCUAAACGUGGCAACUUGUUCGAACUCUAUGAUCCUUUGCAACAGAAGAUGUACACACUGAAUCUACCGGAGCUAGCCAAAUCCACGGUGUGUUACUCAAGAGACGGAUGGUUACUUAUGCGCAAAACCGUUUCACACCAACUUUUCUUCUUCAAUCCGUUUACUCGUAAACUCAUAAACUUACCAAAGCUUGAGUUAUCAUAUGAUGCAAUCGCUUUCUCCUGUGCACCCACAUCAGGUACUUGUGUUCUGCUAGCGUAUAAGUAUGUUCGGCAUGGUACGUUUACUACGAGCACUUGCCAUCCCGGAGCAACCGAGAGUGGAUUACUGAGGAUUUACAGUCCAAUCUUCAGUAGAUUUAGCUAUCGGUAUGAGCGGAAGAAGAAAAGAUUUUUCUUGGCGGCGCGUAAGGGAGUGUUGUUUAAAAUGUUUACAUGCGGAGGUGAGAAACCAGUUGUUUAUAAGCUUCCACUAGAGUCUUACAAAUGGAAACAGAUCAAUAGCGCUACGCUUGAUGGCUUAACAAUCUUCACGAGUCUUUAUUCUUCCGAGGUGAGAGUUAACCUCCCAUGGAUGAGGAAUAGUGUUUACUUCCCAAGGCUUCGUUUCAAUUGCAAGCGCUGUGUAUCGUAUUCGUUUGAUGAAGAGAGGUACUAUCCGCGUAAGCAGUGGCAAGAACAGGAGGAUUUGUGUCCUCUUGAGAAUCUUUGGAUUAGACCACCGAAGAAUGCUUUAGGCUACAUGUGA